AUGUCGCUCGGGAGCGGGUACUGGGCGACGACGGCUACCGGCCCAGCGGCUCCUGGGCGAGAUACAAGUAGAGCAUUUGACUUUUCAAUAGAUUCCAAGAAGAAAGUGCAUUUUGGUAGCAUUCAUGAUGCAGUACGAGCUGGAGAUGUAAAGCAGCUUUCAGAAAUUGUAGAACAUGGAACCAACAUUAAUGAAGCUGAUCUUCUUCAUAAAUUUACCCCUUUACAGUGGGCAGCACAUUCUGGAAGUUUGGAGUGUCUUCAUUGGCUGCUCUGGCAUGGAGCUGAUGUCACACAAAGUACUGCGAGAGGUUGGACAGCAGCUCACAUAGCUGCAAUCAGGGGUCAGGAUGCUUGUAUGCAGGCUCUUAUCAUCAAUGGAGCAAAUCUGGCAGCUCGAGAUGAUCGUGGGUGCACUCCUGUGCACCUUGCUGCAACCCAUGGACAUUCCUUCACUUUGCAAAUAAUGCUCCGAAGUGGAGUGGAUCCCAGUGUGACUGACAAGAGAGAAUGGAGACCUGUACACUAUGCAGCCUUUCACGGUCGGCUUGGCUGUUUGCAACUUCUUGUCAAGUGGGGAUGUGGCAUAGAAGAGGUAGACUGCAAUGGGAACCUCCCGGUUCACCUAGCAGCCAUGGAAGGCCACCUUCACUGUUUUAAAUUCCUAGUCAGUAGAAUGAGCAGUGAGAAACAAGCUUUAAAAGCCUUCAAUGAUAAUGGAGAAAAUGUAUUGGACCUGGCCCAGAGAUUCUUUAAACAGAACAUUGUACAGUUUAUCCAGGGGACUGAGAAUGAAGGAAAUAAUGCAGAAGAUCAGGAAAGUUUAGCAUUUCCAGGUCAUAUGGCUGCCUUUAAGGGUGAUUUAGCAAUGCUGAAGAAAUUACUAGAAGAUGGAGUGAUCAAUUUUAAUGAGCGUGAUGAUAAUGGAUCAACUCCAAUGCAUAAAGCUGCUGGACAGGGCCACAUAGAGUGUUUGCAGUGGCUAAUUAAAAUGGGAGCAGACAGUAAUAUUACUAACAAAGCAGGAGAGAGACCCAGUGAUGUGGCCAAGAGAUUUGCUCAUUUGGCAGCAGUGAAGCUAUUAGAGGGAUUACAGAAAUAUGAUAUCAAUGAUCUGAAUGAAAUUGAUGACAAUGAUAUGAAAUUUUUUAUAAGGCAUGGUGUUGAGGGAAGCACUGAUGCCAAGGAUGACUUAAGUCUGAGUGAAUCUGAAAAAACAGAUGCCAGAAUGAGAGCUUAUAAGAAACUCGUAGAGUUGAGACACCUCCUGGAAAUUGCUGAGAGCAACUAUAGACAUUUGGGUGGAAUAACAGAAGAGGAUCUCAAGCAGAAGAAAGAACAGCUUGAGUCUGAAAAGACUAUCAAAGAGCUGCAGGGGCAGCUGGAGUAUGAACGACUCCGUAGAGAAAAGUUAGAAUGUCAACUGGAUGAAUAUCGAGCAGAGGUGGAUCAACUCAAGGAAAACCUGGAGAAAACUCAGGUCCCCAGCUUCGUGCCUGUGGAAGAAGAGUCCUGUGAGUCCAGCAAAGAGAAGAGGCGAGUGAAAAAGAAAUUGUCUUCUGGGGGAGUGUUUGUGAGACGGUACUAAUCAUUGAAGUAAUUUUAAAUAAACUUUCUUGAUUUUUC